AUGGGGCUGUGGCUGCUUGGACUGCUGCUACUGCAGGACUGGGGUGAGGCUGGAGGCUCGGAGCUGGCCUUUGUACAGGAGCCUGGGGACGUGGUGGCCCUGAGGGAGCACCCACUGCUGCUCAGGUGCCAGGUGGAAGGAGAGCCACCCAUCACCAUCUCCUGGCAGCGGGACGGGAUGCCCCUGGGAAACAACAGCGGUGCCACCCUGAUGCCGGAUGGCUCUCUGCACCUUGGAGGUUUCCCCCACCGCCGUUCCCUCCAGGGUUCCGUCCUCCCUCCUGCCAGCGUCCACGAGUACCACUGCGUGGCCCAAAACCGCUAUGGACGGCUGGUGAGCCGGAGAGCCCGGGUGCAGCUGGCAAGUCUAUCCCGCUUCCACCAACACCCCGAGUCCAUGGUGGUAGAACAAGGAGGGGUGGCCCGUUUCCAGUGCCUGAUCCGAGGGGUACCCGAGCCUACCAUCUCCUGGGAGCACAACCGCACUGCCUUGAGUGCCGCCCACCACAGAUUCACCUUACUCCCUGCGGGCAUCCUGCAGAUCACUAACGUCGGGCAGUCCGACGUAGGGACGUACAGAUGUGUGGCGCGCAACGUAGCGAAUGCUCGAUACAGCCAGGAGGCCCACCUUGCACUGAGCGUGUCUCCCCCUCGGCUGCUUCAGGAACCCGAGAUUCUCUCGGGGCCUCAGAACCUGACUCUCACCGUUCACCAGACGGCUGUGCUGGAGUGCAUUGCUACGGGCCACCCGCGCCCCCUGGUCUCCUGGAGUCGCCUGGACGGCCGCUCCAUUGGGGUGGAAGGAAUCCAGGUCUUGGGGACUGGGAACCUGAUGAUCUCAGAUGUGUCUGUCCAGCAUUCUGGAGUGUAUGUCUGUGCGGCAAACCGGCCGGGCACCAGGGUCCGGAGAACCGCCCAGGGGGUUCUUCUGGUGCAGGCCCCUCCAGAGUUUAUCCAGUGGCCACAGUCUGUGUCGAAGCCCCCCGGCAGCAGUGCCAUCUUCACGUGUGUGGCCCAGGGGGUGCCUGAACCCCGGCUGAUCUGGCUGAAGAAUGGAAAAGUCCUGAGCCCCGGAGAGAACGUCAGGCUCACCCACAACAACAGCACACUGAUGUUGGCUGGCGUCACAACAGAGGAUGAAGCCAUCUACCAGUGUGUAGCAGAGAACAGCGCAGGCUCCAACCAGGCCAGUGCCCGCCUGGCUGUGAUGGGAGCCCCAGAGCCACCCCCAGCUCCCCAAGGCCUGCAGGCCUUUGCCCUCUCCACCUCCACUGUCCGAGUCUCCUGGGAACCUCCUCCUCCUGGCAACGACCCCAGUAUCAUCGGCUAUGUGCUACAUCUCCAGCCUGAGGGAGAACCACCUGGCAGAGAAGUGCAGGAGGCAGUGAGCAAAGGAACCUAUGAACAUAUUUUCACCAACCUGGACCCAGCUACCACCUAUUCCAUUCGUCUUCGGGCAUAUUCUGCUGAGGGUGCUAGCCACGACUCCCCUCCUGUCCACAUCACCACCAUGGGCAAUGCUCCUGCAGCCCUUGGCUUCUCCACUAAAGUACUUAAUGCCACCUCGGUGCAGGCCUCCUGGGAGUUGCCUCCCCAGCCCGGGCUCAUCCAAGGCUUCAAGCUCUUCCACAGAAAGCUGCCAGCUGCCCACUUUGAGGGACCCCUCCUCCUAGCCAGCAGUGCCAGCUCCUUCCUCUACACUGACCUAGAGCCUGCUGCCUUGUACGAGAUUAAGCUUCAGGCCUUCAAUGGCAAUGGGGAUGGAAACAGCACAGCCCGGUUUGUCUCGCUGCGGGAUGCCUGGACGGAGGACACAGAUCCCAAGGUUGGAUGUCCCUGCAGCCAGGAUGGGGAAAACCCCCUGCCUGGGGUGGUCGUGGGCAUCCAUGUGGGCCUUGCUGCCCUCAUCGUCUGUCUCCUCUGCCUCCUCCUGGGGUGGCGCCAUAGUUUCCUCUGUAGGAAAGGGUCCGGGGAACACUGGACAGUGCCUCCAAGCUCUGCUGACAGGGCCUCAUUAGGCCAGCUGGAGAGUGGAGGAAAGCCUGGAGAGAGGAUCGAGCUCAUUUCCCAGGUCACUGUAGAGCAACAGUCUGCAGCCUAG